UUCUCUUCAGUUUGAGAUCGAAGCCGAUCGGGGAGCGUUAUUUUUGGGGGAGGAGAGGUGGUGUUACCCGUCUGUCUCUCUCUCUCCUCAGCAUCAGCAUCAGCAUCAGCAUCCUCCCCCCCGAUUCACCGGUCCGGGUUCGCGUCCGCUUUACAUUUUCUAAUUGACACUUGGAUUCUGUGGGGGAUUAAAAACAGCCAAAGGACCCAACGCAGAGCCGGAUUGUCGGGGUCAGCGGGACCGGAUCGGCGCAGCAUGGGGCCCGGUUCGGCCGGAUGUAUUGCGGGGCCCCGGCGCAGAGCGCGGACGGGCGGAUGGGACCUGUUGCGGCUCUGCUGGCUGCUGGCGGCGCUGCGCGCGGCGCACGCCUCAGACGUCUUCUCAUCUUCCUCCCCUUCCUCCUCCUCGCCUAGUCUCGGAGGCUUCGUGGACUUCACCUUCAGCCUGGAGCCUCAGGACACGGUGACGGUGAGAGGCGGCGUGCUGCAGCUCGACUGCCAGGCACAGUCCGACUCGACGGCGGGACCUCCCGCCAUCACAUGGCGCAAGGACGGCGUGCUGCUGAGCACGGUGGUGGACGAGCGCCGGCAGCAGAUGGCUAACGGAUCGCUGCGUGUGGAGAAUGUUGUGCACUCGCGGCACCACCGACCCGAUGAAGGCGAAUACCAGUGUCUCGCCACACUAGACGGGCUGGGCAGCAUCGUUAGCCGGACCGCCAGGGUCACUGUGGCCGGUCCGCUCAAGGUGGUCGUGCCCACCGAGUCCGUUUCCUCAUACCUCGGCGAUACGGCCCUGCUGCGCUGCGAGGUCUCCGGGGACCCGACGCCCGUCAUCCGCUGGCAGAAGAACCGGGAGGACCUGCCGUUGACCUUUGAGCAGGAGUCCCGCCUGGCCGUGCUGCCGUCCGGCUCCCUGCAGGUCAGCCGCGUCCAGCCGCCAGACUCAGCCACGUACCGCUGCCUGGCCGACAACCCGGGCAGCACCAGGACGGGGACGGACGCCGAGCUCCGAGUUCUGCCAGAGCCCGGGGUGAGCAGGAACCUACAAUUCCUCCAGCGCCCAUCCAGUGGAACGGCUUUGCUGGGAACCGACGCCGUGCUGGAAUGUUCCGCUUCAGGAUACCCGACUCCGAGCAUCCAGUGGAGGAGAGGAGAGGAACUGAUCCACAGCUGGAAUAAGAAGUACUCUCUUCUGGUCGGCAGUAAUCUGAUCAUCAGGAGCGUCACUGAUGAUGACUCUGGCAGUUACAGCUGCAUAGCCGCCAACAAGAACCACAACAUCACUGCACACACAGAGCUGAGUGUGCUAGCGCCUCCUCAGUUCCUGAACUACCCGACCAACACGUACGCCUACGAGUCCACGGACAUGGAGCUGGAGUGCGCCGUGACGGGAAACCCGCCGCCGCUGGUCCGCUGGAUGAAGAACGGAGAGGAGGUCAUCCCCAGCGACUACUUCCAGAUAGUGGACGGCAGCAACCUGCAGAUUCUGGGUUUGGUGAAAUCGGAUGAAGGUUUCUAUCAGUGCGUCGCUGAAAACUCAGCUGGCAGCUCGCAGGCGAUGGCUCAGCUGCUUCUCCGCGAGCCAGUGUCCCCCAGCCCGGGCGUUACCCUCCCCUCUGCCCCCCGCGACCUGGUCCCUGUCCUAGUGUCCAGCCGCUUUGUCCGGCUCAGCUGGCGCCCCCCGGAGGAGGCCGGAGGAGUCGUUCAGACCUACGGCAUUUACUACUCCCAGGACGGAGUCGCCAGGGAGCGGUCAGUGAACGUGUCAGAGCCGGAGUCUCUGGAGCUGAUGGUCUCUAAUCUGAAACCGGAGGAGAGCUACAGCUUCAGAGUCAUCGCUUACAACGACGUGGGGCCUGGAGAGAGCUCGGCCCCCCUGAGAAUCACCACCAAACCGGACCUCCAAGUUCCCAGCAGAGUGGAGUCCCUCCAAGCCGAGGCUCUGUCCCCCACCUCCGUCCAGGUGAGCUGGGACCCUCCAAGCCAACCCAACGGCCCCAUCCUGGGCUACAGACUGCUGUGGACCGAGAGCCCGUCCGCCAAGGAACAGAGUGUGGAGGUGAACGGACUCAACUACAAGAUGGAGGGACUCAACAAGUUCACAGAAUACACAGUUCGGGUUUCGGCGAUCAACCGCUACGGACCGGGCCCGGCGCCGGAGACCGCCAGCGUCACCACCCAAUCAGACGUACCCAGCGCUCCUCCCCAGAACAUCACCUUAGAGGUUGUCCUGUCCAGGAGCAUCAAGGUGUCGUGGCAGCCGCCUCCGCCGAGCGCCCAGAACGGCAUCAUCUCAGCCUAUAAGAUCAAAUACAGGAAGACCGGUCGCCGUGGAGACCAGGAGGCCAUCGAACCCAACAACUUCUGGUUCCUAUUCACAGGUCUGGAGAAGGGCAGCCAGUACAGCUUCCAGGUAACAGCCAUGACAGCCAACGGAACGGGUCCGGCCAGCGACUGGUACGCCGCCGAGACGCCGGAGAACGACCUGGAUGAGAGUCAGGUGCCGGACCAGCCCAGCUCCCUGCACGUCAGGCCGCUGCCCAACAGCAUCAUCAUGUCCUGGACGCCGCCCCUCAGCCCCAACAUCCUGGUUCGAGGCUACAUCAUCGGCUACGGCGUGGGCAGCCCCUACGCCGACACCGUGCGCGUGGACAGCAAGCAGAGAUACUUCUCCAUCGAGAGCCUGGAGCCCAGCUCGCACUAUGUGAUCUCCCUGAAGGCGUUCAACAACGCAGGCGAGGGCGUCCCUCUCUAUGAGAGCGCUGUCACCCGAUCCCUGACAGACCCCAUAGACCCAUCUGAGGAUGACCUCUUCCACCUCUAUGAUAAGUACCCCACUCCUAUGUCAGAUACCAGCACUCCCAUGAUUCCCCCAGUGGGGGUUCAAGCCGUGGCCCUGUCCUCGGACUCGGUCCGCGUGUCGUGGGCCGACAACUCCAUGACCAAGAACCAGAAGUCGUCCGAGGUCCGGUACUACUCCGUCAAGUGGAAGACCAGCUACUCCACCAGUGGAAAGUACAAGUCUGCAGACACCACGGCGCUCAGCCACACCGUCACCGCCCUCAAACCAAACACCAUGUACGAGUUUGCUGUCAUGGUAACCAAAGGCCGCAAGUCCAGCACUUGGAGUAUGACAGCGCACGCCACAACGUACGAAGCAGCUCCCAGCUCCGGCCCCAAAGACUUGACGGUGAUCAGUCGCGAAGGACGACCCCGCGCCAUUCUAAUCAGCUGGCAGCCGCCGAUGGAGGCCAAUGGCCGGAUCACAGGUUACAUCCUGUACUACACUCUGGACAAGAACAUGCCCAUAGACGAUUGGGUGAUGGAGACCAUCAGCGGUGACCGUCUGACCCAUCAGGUCGGGGACCUGAACCUGGACACGGUUUAUUACUUCAGGAUUCAGGCCAAGAACGCCAAAGGAGUCGGCCCGCUGUCCGAGCCCGUCCACUUCAGAACGGCCAAAGUGGAACAUCCAGACAAGAUGGCAAAUGAUCAAGGUCGAGGGGGAGAGCACGCAUACUGGCCGCCUGACACCAACCUCAUUGACAGGAGCAACAUCAACGAGUCCCCAAUUGGUCAGAUGCGUCCACCGCACGGCAGCGCCACGCCCCAAAAGAACAGCAACCUCCUGGUCAUCAUCGUGGUCUCCGUGGGCGCCGUCACUGCGGUCGUGGUCGUCAUCGUGGCGCUCAUCUGCACCCGCCGCUCCUCCGCCCAGCAGAGGAAGAAGAGAGCGAGCCACAGCGCCAGCAAGAGGAAGGGCAGCCAGAAGGACCUUCGGCCCCCUGACCUCUGGAUCCACCACGAGGAGAUGGAGAUGAAGAACAUGGAGAAAGCUCCCAGCGUGGCCCCAUCCGGACACGAUUCGCCCCUUCAGUCCUGCCAGGACCUCCCCCAGGUGGCCCACAGCCAAUCAGAGAGCCACAUGGGCAGCAAGAGCAGCCACUCAGGAGCUGAUGGCGACGAGGCCUCGAGCAGCAUCUCCACUCUGGAUCGCUCCCUGGCCGGCAGGAGGGGAACGCGAGGCAAGAUGAUGAUUCCGAUGGACUCUCAGCCCAGCAACACACCGGUGGUCAGUGCCAUCCCGGUGCCGGCUAUGGACUCCUCUCAGUACCCUGGUAUCCUGCCUUCACCGUCCUGCGGCUUUACCCACAACAAGUUCAGCCUGAGGCCGAUGCCUUUCCCGAGCCUGACCGUGGACAGAGGAUACACACCAGCGAUGCCUUCGGAGUCAUCCAUCAGCACCCUCCUCCAGCAGCAGCCCCAGACCCAGCAGGCUGCUCCGCUCCUCCCCGGAUCCUCAGCACCGCCCGGGGACCACAUCCCAGGCCCCGUCCCGGGGGCCCCCACCGCAGUCGCCGGGGCUGCUGCUGAGGAGGCCCAGGCCAGCGGCGGUCGCACCAUCCCAACGGCGUGCGUCCGGCCCACCCAUCCGCUCCGCAGCUUCACCAACCCGCUGCUGCCACCACCGAUGAGCACCAUCGACCCCAAGGUCUACAACUCCAUGAUGCCGCAUUCAACUGCAAGUCUCUCGAAGCCGCAGGUGAAGACGGCCUCUCUGGGGCAGGCCGGUAAGGCACGCUCCCCUCUGCUGCCCGUCUCAGUGCCCACGGCGCCGGACGUAUCGGAGGAGGGGGGAACCAAACCUGCAGAGGAUUCAGCCGCCAACAUUUACGAGCAGGACGACCUGUCGGAGCAGAUGGCCAGUCUAGAAGGGCUGAUGAAGCAGCUCAACGCCAUCACCGGCUCCGCCUUUUAACCUGCGAUCCCGACCCAAGCCAAGUCUUCAGCGGUGGUCCAGACUGGAACCAUUCUUCAAGCCUUGAUAUCCCUUGUGCCACACACGCUGAGGCCGAUCGAGGUUUGAAGAGGUAUCAAAGGUCCGUGCCGCGUUGGAAGUUUGUUUGGUUUCUGGUGGUCUGCUAGUGUCAAUUGUUUUGGAUCGAUAAAGGGAUGGAAGAAAUCAAACAACAAUACAACAGCACAGCAUCAACAAGGACAGGACCAGGGCUGAAGGGCUGAGAACCCCUCUUCAAACAGAAAAUGAUUCAAACCUGAGAGCCAGCGCCUCGGCUUUUUGAUGCAGGAUGACAGGAUUAUCUCAACAAAAAAGAAGACAAAGAUCCCUCCUGGUUCUCCUCUUUGUGGUAUUUAUUAGCGUCCUCCACGGGGUUAACUACAACUCAACUACUGUGACAGUACCUCGCUUGUUUCUCAUGAUUGCUGUUGGAAGUAUACCUUUUGUCUUUUUUGGGGGGGCGGGUAUUCCAUUUGUGUGCAGUUGCAGGAUGUGCACAUGUUCUGAAAGUGCCGCUGUCCCCUACAGUACAAAAAAAAGGAACCUCAGCCACCAAAGUUUCACCGAAAUCAGUUUCUCACCUGGAUCCGAGCGAGAUCAACCCGUUACGCAAGCCUAGUUUUCCUCCUUUUUUCCCUGUCUGGAAGAAAACAGAAUGGUUUUCUUGAGCCAACUGUGACUCAUGACCCAUGCGGUCUUUCCAUUUCAGAUUGGACUGGAUUUGGAGGUUUAAAAAAUAAAAUAAGGUGAGAACAAAAUGGAUUUUAGGCGGAAAGUAACAAUUGUGGUGAGCUACUCAACCGGUCGGAAUUGGCUUUGUCCAAUCCAGCAGAAUCUACUCUUCCAGGACAAUGUCGAAACCUUUGUAGAUUCCGAGUGUGUUGCUGCUCUUGACCUGGCCUUUACUCUGCCUAACCCAGAUGAACUCCCAUCUUUGUGCCAAAUUCUCACCUUGGACUACUUAUUGUAAAGCAUCUAUUUUGUUUGCUUCUUCGUUCAACUCCAUCUUUGUCUCAAACCGAUGUCGAGCAGUGAGACGAUCCGUGUGGAAUCAUCUCAAAAAGUCUUGAUGAAUGGCUUCGGACGCGGCGAUUGGUCCUUUUUUGGAACUUGGUCAAAUUUGGUGUGAACGCCUCGUUCACAGUUCUUCAAGUUUCACUAUGUGUGCGUCGUCCCCACCGAAGCUGCCGAGCGAUCACAGUCUGCGACGUAGAAGUCACGUGACUAAUGAGUUCACAAAAGCCAAUCACAAGUUGAUGUGCUAUCGCGAGAAAGAGAUUUUGAAGUCAUAAUAAUGUCAUUUCAAUGAAUAAUUUUACCUUUAUCUCUGGAUCAAGAUCUCAGUUGUGAGAUGACAAAAACAUCCUGCCGCUUUCUUGAGAAAUGAUUGACGGAGGAAUGAAUUGUGAAGGAGGUGUUACAGCAGCGGGAUCCAGACCUCGUCUUUAGUGGGGGAUUUGUUUUGUUGUUAAGUUAUCAUUACUAUUAAUGUAAGUAGAUAUGUGAGUGGGCAUUCGAUGAUGAUCAGAUGUUGAGAUUGACCUCUACUGUUGUUUGUGCCGUUUCAACAUGUGUUUGACCGAAGGUGACGCGUCGUUUUUGGAGCCCUGUUUUUGAUGAAUCCAUAUUUAUUUUUCAUGAGAUGAACACACGCAUACCUCUGUCCUCCUCAAUCGCACACAUGGGAUGAAAUUGCCAAACCGCCAGCUUCACUUUGAGUUCACUUCAGGGUGUCCUGUCUUUUUUAAUAUAAAAAGAGAAAGAAAAAAGGUGACAAAAA